AUGCUGUCUCCAGUGACACAAAGGAGUGCACUCAGCUUGCGCUGUUUUCUAAUUUAUGUUACGUUGAGUUUGGUGCUUACAAGCAAAGUUGUCAACACAACAGUGAGCAAUGAGGAGCCCAGUGUUCGUGCAGCCAGGGCAGUGGGUGAUCAGGUGGUAGUUCAUCCAGUGGACUGCAUUUUGUCUGAGUGGAGUGCAUGGUCACGUUGUGACACCUGUCAGAAAAAACGAUAUCGCUACGCUAAGCUUGAACAGCCAUCUCAGUUUGGAGGGCUGCCAUGCAAUUUUCAUGGCAGGGAAGAAGAAACCUGCAAUGUUCCCUCACGUUACAUCUGUGACAAUGUUCCUUUGUGUGAGGGAUUUCUCUGCACCCAAACAGGUCGCUGUAUUCACAGAACUCUGCAGUGUAAUGGGGAGGAUGACUGCGGGGACAUGUCUGAUGAAGUCGGCUGUAGGGGUGCUCUCAAACCCUGCAGGCAGGAGGCUGAAGAGUACUGGGGCAUCGAAAACCUUGCCAAAGGAAUCAACAUCUUGAAUAGUAACCUGGAGGGAGUGGUGCUUGAUAACAGAUACUAUGCCGGCAGCUGCUUGCCACACUACAUCCAGGAUGUCCAGUUCAGAAAGCCUUACAACUUGCAACAGUACACUCUACAGACAAGAGGCUCAUAUGAUUUCACUCUGCAGUCUUUUGAGUCUUAUUCUGAUUACAUGGACUACACCCUGAAGGAGCGGUGGAGCAAAACCACUGUUUCAUUUGGCUUCACCAUUCCAGGCAUAGUUUCAUUUGGCUUCAACUACAAUGAUGCCAAAUACACCAAAUCAGUUCAGAAGAUUCGCCGUGCCUCUGGCAAGACCAACAGCUUUGUGAGGGCCAAAGCAGAACUGGAAUUGGCCCAGUACAUGCUGAAGUCAGACAAUUUGAUGCUUCACCCUGAGUUCCUGCAGCGCAUGCGUUCCUUGCCACAGGCAUAUGUUUAUGGGGAAUACAGACAAAUAUACAGAGACUACGGCACCCACUAUAUCACUGAGGCUGCCCUUGGAGGAGAAUAUGAGCACACCAUCAUUCUGAACAAGGAGAAGCUUGAGAAAACAGAUUAUUCUUUGGAAGACUACAAGUCCUGCGUGCAGGCAGGCUUUAAUGCUGGGGCCAACAUAUACGGAGUUUAUGUGUCAGUGGGGGCUUCUGGUGGAUCCUGUGAUGGCCUGCUCAAUGAGAUGGGAGAGGACACUGCUUUUGGCAGCAUAGUGGAGGACUUUUCUGCUGUUGUACGAGGUGGCAGCAGUGAAUCCAUCACUGCUUUGGUGUCUAAAAAGCUUCCCACCCCACAGCUGAUGAGGCUUUGGGGUGAAGGCGUGCGUUUCAACCCUGACUUCAUUCGUAAGACAACACGGCCGUUGUAUGAGCUGGUGACCUCCAGAGACUUCUCCCAUGAUGCCACCCUGAAGAGAAACCUAAAGAGAGCCCUGUCAGAGUACCUGGCAGAGGCUAGUUCGUGUCGCUGUGCUCCAUGCCACAACAAUGGAGUAGCUGUUUUGAGAGGUACCAGGUGUGACUGUGUGUGUCCUGUUGGCUACAGUGGACGGGGCUGUGAGAUCACUCAGAGGCGAAAAGAAAUGGCCAUUGAUGGCAGCUGGAGCUGCUGGGGUGCAUGGUCAUCCUGCAGUGGAGCAACAGUGACGAGGAGUCGACAGUGUAACAACCCAGCACCCAGCAAUGGAGGCUUGGCAUGCAUGGGACUGCAGCAAGAGUCUACUGAGUGCUUUUAA